AUGGCUCCAAUUACCACCAAGAACACUCAGGCUGCUAAGAAGUUCGUCGUUGACACUUCUGCUCCAGUUGAGAACGGCGUUUUCGACCAGGAGGCUUACGUCAAGUACUUGGUUGAGCACAUCAAGGUCGAGGGUAUCAUCGGUAACUUGGGUGAGGAGAUCUCCAUCUCCGAGGAGGGCAACAAGGUCAUUGUUGUUUCCACCGCCAAGUUCUCCGGUAAGUACUUGAAGUACUUGACCAAGAGAUUCUUGAAGAAGAACCAGCUUAGAGACUGGAUCAGAUUUGUUUCUGUCAAGAAGAACCAGUACCAGUUGCAGUUCUACUCCAUCGCUGAGGAGGAGGAGGACGAAGAGUAA